AUGGCUCCUACCAGCAGCCCUCUAUUGCAACGUGCUGACCCCGAACCGACAAAGCAUCCCAGAAAACUGAGGAAGCCCGCUAUUGAGAAGAUGAGGAGAGAUCGCAUUAACAGCAGCAUCGAGCAGCUGCGUCUCCUACUGGAGAAAGAGUUCCAGAAACAUCAACUGCCCUCCAAACCUGAGAAGGCCGACAUACUGGAAAUGACGGUCACCUUCCUGCAGCAUCAGAUGGCUGAGAAAAAUGUGACAACAACCUCCAGCCAAGCCCAUAGAGAUGGCUACUCCACCUGUGUCCAGGACUCUGUGACCUUCCUGUCGAUACACAAGCAGACAGACACCCAGCUGCAACUGCUGCAGAAUCUCCACGGGGCUCAGAUGGUGCACGGUGCUCUAUGUCCUUCUGUGUUCCCCGUCUCACAGACCCCCAGCAAGUACAGCGCUCCAGACAGCAGCAAAGCAUUGUGGAGACCCUGGUAGAGACUGUGUAUACUUUUAUGGACUGUGAGCUGAGUACAUUAAAUUGGGUGUACAAUGAGCAUACAAUGCUUACAUUGGUAACUAGGGGUCUGACCCCUGUCACUGUGCACUGUGUUUAUCAUAUUGAUAGAGAGUAAGGUUAUAAUUAACA